AUGACGCCCAAUCAUUCUCUUGUCCAGCAAGUGUCUAAUGUGGAAAAUGGUAUCGCUAUUGGGGAUGUCAACACAUUAGCCAUACGAGAUCCACAGACUUUUCACGCCGGGGAACUUCGCCGUCAUGCACAGUUUUGGACAGAGAUUGCGGAGAGAAAUCCUUCCCACGAUCAUCAGGAA